CCGCGGGAAAAGGGGGAUGGCCUGGGUCAGGCUGCUGCUGAAGCCCGGGGGCAACCUGCGGAGCGGCUACCAGCCCGGCAGUAUGCUCUCCCUGGCCCCCACCAAGGGACUGCUCAACGGACCCGGCGAGAACAGCUGCUUCCUCAACAGCGCGGUGCAGGUUCUAUGGCACCUAGAUAUUUUUAGACGAAGUUUGAGACAGCUUCCGGGACACGUGUGCUUGGGAAACGCUUGCAUAUUUUGUGCUUUGAAGAAUAUAUUUUCUCAAUUUCAACAUAGCAGGGAAAAAGCCCUCCCAUCAGAUGCUUUACGUAGUGCUUUGGCUGAAAGCUUCAAAGAUGAGCAUCGUUUUCAGCUAGGUCUAAUGGAUGAUGCAGCAGAAUGUUUUGAGAAUAUUCUGGAGAGAAUACAUUUGCACAUAGUGUCAGACAAUGAAGUAGAUACCUGCACAAUCAAAUCCUGCAUUACUCACCAGAAGUUUGCCAUGACCCUUUAUGAGCAGAGUGUAUGCUAUAGCUGUGGAGCCACUUCAGAUCCUUUACCUUUCACUGAGCUGGUGCAUUAUGUGUCAAUAACAGCCCUGUGUAAUCAGGUAGAGAGGAUGGUGGAAAGAAAUGAACGUCCCAGACCAGAAAUGUUUGCAGAACUACUUCAAGCAGCAAGUACAAUUGGUGAUUUUAGGAAUUGUCCGAGCAACUGUGGACAAAAGAUCAAAAUCAGGCGUGUGCUGAUGAAUUGCCCAGAGAUUGUCACUAUUGGCCUGGUGUGGGACUCGGAGCAUUCAGAUCUCACGUUGGAUGUGAUUCGAUAUCUGGCGCCACAGCUCUACCUCCCUGGACUUUUCUACAGGGCAACUGAUGAACGGGCUAAGAGAAGUGAAUUGAUCCUUGUAGGAAUGGUGUGUUAUUCCAAUAAACACUAUUGCACUUUUGCCUUUCAUACUAAAAGCUCCAAAUGGGUUUUCUUUGAUGAUGCUACUGUUAAAGAGGUUGGAUCAAAAUGGAAAGAUGUGGUUUCCAAGUGCAUUCGAGGUCAUUUCCAACCAUUGCUGCUGUUCUAUGCUAAUCCCAGUGGUGUGCCCGUCUCUACAGAGGAUGCACCCACACAGGUCAUUCAAUCUGUUCAGUGUGCUCAUUAUAAAAUGUCACAGGUUGGUGAAGAUUCAGAAAGAGAACUGCCAGUUUCUCCAGAUAAAUUGGUAGAGCAUCCUAGGGAAAAUGGAACUGGAGGAUACUCAUCACAGAUCAGGAAUGAAAGAAUGCUGCUAAAAGAGCCAUCCCAUUCCAGAGGCUUUCAGAGGGGCUUUAUUCAAGACAGCAGAGGCCGAGGGCUAAUUAAAGUGCUGCCAGAUGAAAAAGCAUUUCGUUUACGAGACCGUUCCAGAGACCGUGCUCAAAAGCCAAAUAAUGCAAGGAACUCUCCGCACCAUCAGAAAAAAGAAAGUGACAAGCCAAUGAGAAAGAAUGACUAUAGCAGGCAGAGGGAGGACCGAUCUCCUUCAAAGUCUGGGACUCCACCUUCCAGCAGCGGUCUGAGGCAAUUCUGGGAUCAGCAUGUGUACAAUAGUCAAGGAAAAGGAUCUUCAAGCCAAAGCAAAACUAAUUCACAAGGCAGGGGAACAACAGAGAAAAUCACUUACGCAUCUGAUUGUGUGCAGCACAAAAAUAAGAACAGUGGCUAUGACACUGACACCAGUCAGGAGUCGAGGGAGAAAAGCAGUGGCAAGAGCAGGAGUAAGGCAAAAGGUUGGAAACCCUCCCGAGAGAUUCUAAAUGUGGACAGUAUUUUUGAGAGUGAACGAAGGCAAGGCAGUCCAAAACAUAAGACAAACUCUGCUGACAAGCAGCUACACAGCAAAGAGCUCAUCUCCAAAGAUGUGUUGAGUGAGCACCGAAAGCAUAGAGGCUUAAUGACCAUAUAUGAAGAUGAAUUCAGACUUGAAAGUGGAAGCCGAAGUUCGUCAAUGGAAUUUGAUGGGAAAACAAAUGUAGAAAAAGAAAAGGCCAGUGUCAAUGCCAACUUGAAAUGUCAUGGUGAAGCCUGGCAGGUACAGAGGACUGAGUCUGGGUAUGAGAGCAGUGAUCGACUCAGUAAUGGCUCCACUGGUCUUGACUCUCCAGGCGUGGAAGUUUCCAAUGCAAAAGAUGUGAGAUUUGUUCCAGAAUCUUUUUCUGAAAGGGAUCAGCAAGCGCCACAUAAAGUUGAUGCACAUUCCAUUCAGAUGCAAGGUUAUAAAGUUUCACGUGAUGAUGGUGCAUGGCAAGUCAAGAGUGGUUUGGAAAAUUCUAAGUCGUGGGACCAGAGUGUUCAGAGACCUAACUUUCAGAGAUCACAGAUUGGUGCAGAGAAGUUUGAUAAAAGUCAACCAUUGGAAAAAAUUGGAAAAGGUGCACUUUCCCCUCAACCCAAGCGUGUGGUUUAUGACUCGGCAGGGAUGAGGGUACAGAAUAGGCAAUACAAGGAUGAUGAAAGCUCACCGCAACAUCAGCUAAAGCAAACUUAUACAGACCCAGCUAUUCUAAGCUCCUCUGCAGAUACCAGCAUUAGGGAUAGAUUUGUGCCACCAGAACCUCAUAAAACUUCAAUUGGAGAUGUUGAAAAACUUUCACUUGGUCCUUAUCAACAAACUUCCAGCGUUCAAGCAAAAUCAAGUUCUGCAGUUCCUUUGUUUCCUCCCCAUUAUCAGGAUAUGGAAAUCGAUGCACUAGAAUCACAGCAGGGAUCUUCAGCCCAUUUGAAUCCAGGUUAUCAUUCACCUGAAAAUCCCCAAAUUAGACAACACCCUCCCUCUGGAGGAGCACAGUCACACCACGUUUAUGAAAACCGAGAGAACUUCCAGGAACCUGUUCAUGAAGUAAGAUCAUCGCCACCACCUCUGCCUCCAAAGAUGUAUGCUCGGAGAGGCCAAACCAAUUUGAAGAAUAACUUAUUAAAUACAAGACCACUACCUGAGCCAAGGGAAGAAAUGGCAAAUGCUAAAAAAAUAUUAGGUCAAAGGCGUGAUGACAAUUUUGAUCCCGUGUUUUCACAUGAUAGACAAACGAAAGCUGCGUCUGACAAUUAUCUAAAGCUUGAAACUGAUGCUGCUUCAUCAAGGCUAUUUAGUGCCUGCACACCGGGACUACCUAAUGAUGUUGCCCCAACUACUUAUUUUUCUGUGGAUAGUUGCAUGACUGACACGUAUAGAGUCAAGUACCACGAGAGACCUAAACUUUAUUUUGCCGAUAUGAAAGCUAAUGAAUUCCCGCCGGGGGGGCAUUCCUUUCAAGGUUCAGUUGUAAAUCCAUCUCAAACGAUGUACAGUCCUAGAAAAGGAACACCCCACUUGUAGCUAGGACUGCAAAAACAUGAAACAGAUGCAAACCAUGGAUCAGGCUUGUCUGCACCAGUGAUGUAUCAACAACCUGAAAAGUUACGAAGUGCAAGAAACUAUUAACAAAACUGUUUGGUCAUUAUGGAGAUUGGGCCUACCUUCAACAAUAAACUAGUUUUAAAAAGACUGGAUAGUUGAAUAACCAAAGGCAAGAGAAAAACUGCACAAAAACCUUCCGAAGACAUUGGGUAAAGUUUCAGAAAUUGGCCAAUAGAGGGCAGCUACCAGUCGGGAUGGCAGGCAGUGAAAAUAAAUGUAUUUAUUUGUUCCUUGUCACAGAUACUGUAAAUAGUGAAGAUAUGCAACUAUUUAAAAAACAGACAAGAACUGUUUAUAUUGUACACUUUAAGCUCCAGAUUUAUAACUUUCUAACUUUGUAUAAACUGUAAUUUUGGUCUUUAUAUGAAAGUAUUUUCAAGGUUUCCUGUCUUUGAUCCUAUGCCACUAAUUUACAAGUUAGUAAACACUAUGCUACUAAUUCACUUGUGGUUAAAUCCUAAGAAAAAGUUACUAUAAAAUACACCAGUAGCAAUUUCAGAGUUUCAGAUAAGUACCUUAUUUGUUUACUAUAAAGUAUUUUUUUACUAUUUUAAUGUAUGGACUUUAAAAAUCAAUUGAUUGCCAUAAGGAGUAUAGGUAUUGCCUAAAAUUUUCAUAAAAGAAAAACUUAUUAGUUACAAAUAUCAUCCAAGUUUAAUUUAGAAGGGAAAAACACUAGUGAUUUAUCUUCAAAGCAGUAUAGAAAGCAAUAUUUUUGACAAUUGUGGUUUAUCGAUAUUUUGUAAUCCUGAAAAAAAGAAGCCUCCUUUGCAAUAAACCAGAAUGUUAAUUGUGAACAGUAUAAUGUAAUUCAGAGUGGAGAAUCCAAAUCUCCCAAUAUCACGUUUGCCUUUAAAAUGGUGCCAUUUCGAAAAAUUUGUAUGAAGUGAUUCUAUUAUCGAUGAAUUGAAUUAGCAGAAAGCUCAGCCACCCAUAACUAAAAAUGAUUCACAGGAAGUCUCAAUGAGAAUGUUUAAGAAGUUAAUGCAGAUUAAGUUAGAUUGUCUUUCCAGGACCACCAAGCUCUCAAAAACACUAAACCCACUAAAACAUAACUUUUGUUAAUCUCAAAAAUUACUUCCUUUCCAAUAUUCUAGGGAAAAUAUUUUUGUAUUAACACUUAUGAAACGAAAAUUAUUCUGUGUAGGCAGUAGAAACAUUUGGAGCUUUCUCUGAUGAUAGCCAGUAGGUAAAGGCAAUAUGAAGUGCAGCAUUAGGCAAUCCAACCGUGUACCACAAGUACUAAAACUGAUCAGAAUUGGAAAUUUAAAUUCCGUCUUCCAGCAACUAAUCUAAUACUCUCAGCCAGAGUAUUAUCAUGUGACCUCAGUGUCCCUAUAUUAGGUAGGGGGAAUUCAACCAUGGUUCCAGCUCCUAAUUGCUACCAAUAGACAAACCUCUGCUGGAAUGUGUGGAUGUCUGGUAAGGAGUGGAUUAGGUUUGGCUGUGGAGCCCCCCAAAUCGAACUGUCUGCUAGCAUUCACUAAAGUGAUGACCAUUUGGACAAGGUACCAAGUGUGUCCAUGGAACUGCCCCAAGUAGGAGUCGACUCUUUCAGAAAAACAUGAAAGAGAAUUUUCUGAGGUACUGUAAUUUAAGAAAAAAAUGAACAAUUAAUUUGUAGGGACAUUUAAUCUAAGUUUUUAUACGUUUUUCCCCCAUGUGAAUUUUUUUUUUUGGUGGAUCUCAAAUAAUUGUUCAUAUAAAAGUUUUUUUCAGCUUCCAGGAGAUGCGCACAUCAAUCACAGCCCUAACUAUAAACACAAAUUAUGCGCUCUGAGGUGACUUCUGACCUCUGUGAUGCCAAGUAUUCCAUUUUGUUCCAGAGUUGCUUGUAGUUAACGAUCAGAGAAUGAAGGUGCUUUAGCAUUGUGCUGUGAAUUUUUGGUAUUCUAUUCUACCUUUACCUGUUAUACCUUUUAUAAUGGGUAUAUAACACAAUAUUGUUUUCCUGAGAUUUUUUCCAUUGAAUUUACCCACAUCACUUUUUUCCCCCCUCUACCCUUUUUUUUUUAACAUGAAAAUUAAACUCUGAUUAAAUAGUUUAUUUUGUGGAUAAAAAGACAUCCAUGGUCCUUAUACAUGUAUUUCCCUAUUCUCCCAACAAAAUAUUAUUUACCUUAUAUAGACAAAGCAAUGUUUUCUUGGAUAUCUGUUUGAAAUAUUUACCUUAAAUUGUCAUGUGGAUGGCAUAAGAGUUUGCAUUGUGAGAGCAGUUUUGACAUUUUUGUCAAAAUAGAUUUUUUUCUAUUUGCUGGCUUUACAGCAAAAAUUGCAUUGCCAUUAAUGGCUGCACCAUCUUUAGAACUGUCAUUCAAUUGUGAAUGUAAAGAGGAUUUGUAUCUGUUUAACUAACUGAACCUUGCCCUAAACAUUAAUCUUGUGCUGCCAUCUAAACUUUAAUUUAUGCAACAGAUUUCUGAUGUACCAUUUUAUAAUUUUAACUACUUAUAGAAAUAUCUAAAAUGAUGGCCUUAAGAAUUUAAAUAUAAUUUGUAAUAAAUUCAUGCCAUAAUUACAAAUAUACUGUUAAAAUUUCUACACUUGACAUUAAUUUAUGCAGUUAAUAGAACAGUCAAACCUAAGGACAUUUAAAGACCAAAUUGUGACUGAUACUAAGUGCCUAUUUAUUUUUCUAUGUAAAAAUGAGCAAAUAUUUGUAACACACUGAUUUAUGCUUUGGAUACAUAUUUUGAGAAAUAUAUUUACAUAUAUGUAUAAAAAGGUUUCCAUUUACGUGCAUUAACAUUUUUCCUAGCAGCAAAUAAGUAUGAAGAGUUUAAAUAAACUAUGUUAAUUCUA